AUGCGCAUUCUUUGCUGGUGCCUUUUAGGACAUAUAAAUAAUCAGUACAAUACCUGCUUCUGGAUGUUGGUGAAGUCUGGAAAAAGUGAACAAGAGGCUCAGCUAGCUUUGAAGGGAACAUUUGCAAAGGACAAGAAUGAGCUGCUUGCUCAACAAUUCCAAAUAAACUAUGAUGAUGAACCGGCUAUGUUCCGCAAAGGAUCUAGUGUUUACCGAGAGAAGGUAGAAACAACAGUGAAGAUCGGUGACUAUGGGGAUCCCAUAAAAAGACCAAGAUUGAAAGUUACAGUGGCACAUGUUGAUAUCAUAGGGCCUGAGUUUUGGGAAAAUCAUCAACACAUUCUUCGAGAAGGAAAAUUUACGCAUGGGUUUGUAAAGAAGUUUGGCAUCAACCGCAUUCUUUCACCUUGUAAUUGGAUCGUUGUUCGCAUCAAUGCUUGCCAAUUUGAUCAAUUCUCAACAAUUCAUUCAUUUGACAUGCCAAAUGACGAGACUGCACUAAGGCUGAUGAAUAAAUCUGCAUCUUUGAUGAUGGAGCAAUACGCUGACAUUGUCUUUGGAUAUGGUUUUAACAAUGGGUAUAGUUUUGUGUUCCACGAGAAGACUGAACUAUACCAGAGACAGGAAAGCCUAAUCCUUUCAUCAUGUUCUUCCUAUUUCACUUCUCUUUACAUGACGAAAUGGAAAGAGUUCUUCCCCUACACAGAAUUAAUGCAGACACCACGCUUUGAGGCAGAAGCUCUAUGUUAUCCAAAAUUAAAGAUCGUAUGUGAAUACUUGUCAUGGAGGCAAGCAGAGUGUCAUGCUGGUAACCAAUGCAAUACAAUACAUGCUUUUGGGUGCUAG